UUUAAUCCUAUAAAUUAAUAAAAACGGACGCAAUACGUAGGAAUGAAAAAUAUUGCGUGUUCUUGAGAUGUCAUCGUUUAUAAAGAAAUGUAUUAUUAGGCUGUAUGGCUACAAACCUUUGCUUAUCCUAAAUAAGGGUAAACAUAAACGAAACAAUACGAAUUUGUAUUGAUUUUCAAAUUUAAGAUAUUUUGAAAUGGAAGCUGUUCAAUACAUUUUAUGGUAUAACUUGUUAUAUUGUAUACCAUUCAAAAUCCAUCCAACUUAAGUGGUACAAAUCUAUAAUGGCCGAAAUACUAAAAUUCACAACAUGGCCUAAACACCAAUAUGUUUUUCACAAAAUUACCAGCGAUGCACUUGUGUUUCAUAUUAAAGGAGAAGAAAAUGCUGCUAUCGGCUUAGCAAAGGAGCCUGGAAGCGACUGUGAAUUAUGGGUUUUCAUAGGAUAUCGCGAGCAAUGUUGGAUAAAGAAAAGCUAUGACAAAUGUAGCCGUGUUUAUAUACCAGAUGUCCUAACCAGAAAUAAAUACAAUAAAUUUUGGAUUACUCUGCGUAAAAAGAGAAUACUUUUGGGUAGAAAUAACGAAUCGAUGCCAAUUCUUACAUUCCACAACAAGGAGCGUAAUUUGUAUUACGUGACUUUUACUGUGCUUGGUGAACGACAAUAUCUAAAAUGGAAAUGUUAUUUGCCACCACUAAUAGAAAACCCACCUCUUAAAAGAAUAACGGGGGGAGAACCACAUUGGGUCAAAGUGGAAAAAAAUAUUCCUGAUAAUGCAUUCAUAGGUACUUUGUGGAUAUGAUUACACAUGGAUGAAAAUGGAUAAAAACAGGAUUCCAUUGGGAGCUAUACCAGGUGGAUAUUAUAAAGAUGGCCAUGAAAUUGUUUAUGUUGGACGUGGUUAUUGCGACACUCUUGUUAUCCCAGGAAAAAUACAUG